CUCUCUCUCUCUCUCUCUCUCUCUCUCGCUCUCUCUACGAUCGAAAAAAGCCCAAAGCGAGACGAGGAGGAGGAGGAGGCGAGUUCCCACAACGAUACCUCUCUAGGGUUUCGGAGCGAUCUCAUGUCGACGGAGACGGCGGCGGCGGCGGGAGUAGGAUUCGGUGGCGCCGCCGCGAUCCCCUCGGCGGCGCCGGCGCUCUACGCGCGGGACGCGAUGAUCGGGUGGUUCCGCGGCGAGUUCGCGGCCGCGAACGCCAUCAUCGACGCGCUCUGCGGCCACCUCGCCGAGAUCGGCGGCGGCGGCGGCGGAGCGUCCGGGUACGAGGCGGUGUUCGCGGCGAUCCACCGGAGGCGGGCGAACUGGAUCCCCGUGCUCCACAUGCAGAGGUACUUCUCCGUCGCCGAGAUCGCGGAGGAGCUCCGCCGCGUCGCCGCCUCCCCCGACGCCGCGCCGGCUGCGGCGGCGGAGGAGGAGGCGGAGAUGAAGGGCUCUCCGAAGGAGGAGGUGGAGGUGGUGGAGGGGGAAGAGGAGGAGCGUGACGGAGGGGUUAACGGCGUUAGGGUUUCAGUAACGGACGAAGCGGAGGAGGAAGAUUCCUCGGGAGAUUCUUCGGAUCGGAAGGGGUUCGAAGAAGAAAAUGGAGCUGAGGAAGGAUCUCAAGAGCAUACCUCGUCGGAAUAUGUUCAAAUAUGCUCCAACCACGAUGAUUGUCUGGCACGACCUGACAGGAUGAAGAUCUUGAAGGGUUUUGUAGCAAAGGAGUCGGUGAAAGGGCAUAUGGUGAAUGUUGUGAAGGGUUUGAAGGUUUAUCAGGACAUCUUUAUGGAUUCAGAGCUUUUGCGACUUGCUGAGUACAUCAAUGAGCUCCGUCUUGCUGGUCGGAGGGGAGAGCUCUCAGGUGAAACCUUCAUUUUUUUCAACAAGCAGAUGAAGGGAAACAAGAGAGAGAUCAUUCAGCUCGGUGUUCCAUUGUUUCAACCAACUAAUGAGGAGGCAACAAGUAAUAUCGAACCAGUUCCCCUUGUUCUACAGGCUGUCAUCGAUCACCUUGUUCAGUGGCGUUUGAUCCCGGAAAGUAGAAAACCAAAUUGCUGCAUCAUCAACUUCUUUGACGAGGAUGAGCAUUCACAACCAUAUUUCAAGCCUCCACACCUGGACAAUCCCAUAUCUAUGCUUCUCCUUUCUGAAACUAGGCUAACUUUCGGUCGGGCACUUGUCAGUGAUCACAAUGGGAACUAUAAAGGACCCCUAACACUUUCGCUCAAGGAAGGGUCACUGCUAGUAAUGCGUGGGAACAGCGCUGACACGGCGAGGCAUGUUGUUUGCCCAUCCUCAAAUAGGAGAGUGAGCAUCACAUUCGUGAAGGUCAGAUCCGCAAGUAACCACCAACACGAUUCAUCUACAAUCUCUUCUCCGACCAAAGCCGUCACGCUGUGGCAACCGGAAGAUGCCCCAAGUGGUACCGUAAUCGGCUACGGUCCCCAUGCUUUGAUCCCAUCCUCAAUGGGGUUUACUCUUCAAUCCCCUUAUAUGAUGUUAGCACCUGCGAGGCCGAUGAUAAUGAGCCCUAACAAAAGAAUGGUGCGUGGCGGGACCGGCGUGUUCUUACCGUGGGGGGUUGGGCCCAAGAAGUACGCUAAGCAUCUUCCCCCGCGCAUUCAAAAGAGGAGGUUUGCGUCAUUACCACCUCCACUCGAAGCGCGAGGCUAAAAAGUCUUUUGGUCCAACUCAUGAGCUAAGCGCAUAUCAGAGUUAUGUAAAAAAGUGAGUUUGAAACAUAUCUUAGAAAAGAUAGACGUUUGGACUCGCUAGUAUUCCAGUGGAGUUUGUUUGUGGUUUGUGGUUCCUCAUUCUCACGAGUUCUUUUUUCCUUUUUUGUCCCUCUUUUUUAAGUAAAGUUUCUUUUUUUUUUUUUCUCUCUUGGAGCGUAUGUAGUUGUCAAGGAGCUAGAGAUUGUGUGUAGGAUAGCUGAAGUUAGGGAUUAGAGUUUCUUCCACUUCGAACUAGGUUUUUGUAAUGCUUUAUGCUGAGUUUCUUCCACAGCAAAUGCAAUGUUUUUGUUGCAAGCAGUUUUUGCGCGUUACUUAA